AUGACUCUCAAUUUCUUGCCAGGACAGCCAAACUCUACAAUACAAACGGUAUGCCAGAAAGUAUGGCAAGAUCAUACAUUACUUGCGUACUGUUCUGGGAAUAACCUUAUAAUUCUAUCGAAUAAUUUCAAUCGUUUGCAAACGCUGGGUUUCGAUUAUGAUUGUGUUGCAGUCGAUAUCAAUUCGUACAAUGGCCACAUUGCGGUGGCUGCAGGAUCCAAAGUGCACGUUUUCAAGCCCUUGCAUCAAGUAAUGAAAAAUCCACGGUGGGUUGCUUGCAUCGACGUUUUCCACGACGAUUCGUUGGUUAACACCAUCAGCUGGGGAAUCAAUGGAGAGCUGGCCGUUGGAUCAGACUAUCUGUCGUUUUGGAGAAUCCAAGACGAAUUUGGCGUUUUCAAAUCGUCUCUGCUGUGGACGAAAGUACAAUUCCGACCAGUUUACCUAUGUGCUGUGUCUGAAGAUUCUCAGGUAAUUGCCACUGUAUUCAAAUAUAGCCGUACGGUCAAAUUGUGGAAAAGAAUCUCGUUGGGCAAUGAUCGGGUGUUAUUUGAUUUGACGCUAAUCUCACAUCCCAACUUCGUCACAGCCCUUCGAUGGAAACGUUCCAACAAUGCGUGCGAACGCGAGAAGGACUCGCAUGUGUUCUAUACGCUGUGCGCAGACGAGAAACUGCGGAUCUGGACUUACUACGAAAAUAACAGUCAGAAAACAAUUCAGAAAUGGGGUCAUUUAGACUUGGAUCCCUUGAAACAUCAGAGGUUCUGUGUUUUACUGGAUAGCUGGCUUGUCCAAAGACUACUGCAAGAGGGAAUUUUUGGAGAUUCAAAAUACUUCUCUGAAAUGCACCCUGAUAUCGCUAUACUAAUGAGUACAACAGGUGAGCUUGAGUUUCACGCCCUGGAAAAUCUCUCUCACGACCCUCCUAAGUUAAUGAGCCAUAGGAUCGUUGCCACCGCUAAAAUUUCACAAGAAGCGUAUGUGUAUGAUCCGUCUUUUCUUUGCUUCGCCGAACCUCAAAUUUCAGACCAGAGCUCAAAACUAUUUUCUCUAGUUGUUCAUGACAUGAAGGGAGUACUGCGGCAUUCGGUACUCGAUCUCCAGAGUGUUUUGUGCGGUCAAAGAACUGAGGUCGGGAUUCUCUUACACAAAUUCACAGGUCACAACAAGUCAAUACAAAAACUUGUAAGAAGUAGCGACGGAAAAGCAAUGAUAACCUUGUCUCGGUUUUCUGAAAAUUCGGUAUGGGUUCCACAGACUUUCUCAAGCGGCUUGUAUUUGCGCAAGAAGAAUAUUAUCUUGUCAGAGAGUCCUUUGAUCGAUGCUGUAGUGCUUGAAAGUGGAGCAAUCACUUUAACUCUUUCGAAAGACUAUAAACUACAAGCUUGGAGUUGUGCAAGCGAUCGUGGUAGUAAAAAGUCACUUCUGAAAGCUGAGUUUACAUUACAAUCUUCCGCUGGAGCCCCUCUUCUAAUGAUUAAUACACCAGAGAAAAAGCAUCACCAUGAUCGUCACUACGUUGCAUUAAUUUAUGAAUCAGGUGAAGUCCUCAGCUUUUGCGUCACUUUUCAGAAUGGUAUCACUCCGGUGGCUACCAAUAAUCUCGAUCUCGAUGGCCAAAAGAAGAUUUACUUGAUAUCUGCCAUCGAUCCCGUUAAUUACGGAUUUUUUCCGAACAGAUCUUUAGUCGCCUUGAUCACAAAAGAAGGUUCUAUCCUAACGUUUAAAUGUAUUGUCGAAGAUGAAAAGAUGACAUGGAAAUUGAGCUACAAAAUUCAAACAAAUCUCAUCAAUAGCUCGUUGAUAAGUGGUUCCUCUAUUGAUAAAAUUUGUGUUGUUGACGAGUCAAAAAACGGAUUAACUAUCUGGGAUUUGCGGCGAGCAUUUCUAGAGUACGAAACAACUUUCAGCGAGCCUAUUCGUGAUAUCGAUUGGACCAGCACCCGAUUUGGGCAGAGCAUAUUUUCAGCUGGUUUUGGAGAUCAUGUUCUACUUUUUACGCAACAGAGAUAUGACUACGCCACUAAGAUCCCUAGUUAUGCGCCCGUGGAAUCGAUUGACAUAAGAGAGCACACAACGCAUGAAAUUGGUGAUUCAAUUUGGCUUACAGAUGGAACGUUUGUAAUUGCUUCCGGAAAUCAAUUAUUUCUCAAAGAUAAGAGCCUUAACAUUAGUGACAAAUUCACUAACCAGUCAAUUGGUUCCCGGAAGAUUUUGUCAAAAGAUAUCAUGCACCUAAGCAGUGUUCUAAAUGGUCCUUUACCCGUAUACCAUCCGCAGUUUCUAAUCCAGGCCCUUUACUCCGACAAGCUUUCACUGGUAAAAGAAAUUUUGUUGCGCUUAUUUUUGGCUCUUCGAGAACUAGAGUUUAGCUCUGCUGAUGCUGCCGAGCUCGGUGCGACGUUAGGUCUUGAAUAUGAAAAGUUCAUACAUUCUUCGAACGAUAGCUAUAUUCCUGACGAGUACCAUGAACCAUACAAGGAGUUUAACAGCUUGGUCUCAAGCGAACUAAAAAUGAAACUUGCGAAGCAUGCCCUUCCCUUCAUCACGCGUCAUCAGCAGGUCACCCUAAUUACGGUAAUAGAGGCUAUUGAUGACAUUGUUAAGAACAGCACAGCUUUGGAUUUACCAGGGACUUUAUUCAUAUUAGGAGUGAAGCUGUUUGAGCUUCAUAGAAAGACGCAAUCUUCAGUUCACGUUCGUGAUAUUCAAUGGGCACAAUUUUCGUCUAGUAAGAAGGUCUUGUUUUCGACUGUUCUUCCAAAUAUUGAUUCCUGGGAACGCGCCCGCCAAUAUAAAAUAGGUCUAUGGGUAGGUUUGGAAGAUUUGAAGGCAACUUUUGAUAAAAUUGCUAAGCACCAAUUCUCUAAUGGAAGUGGGCGGGAUCCCACGAAUUCUGGCUUGUUCUACCUGUCUUUAAAGAAAAAGCAGAUUUUGAUUAGUCUAUGGAGAAUUAGUUCCGGCCAUCCUGAGCAACAAAAGAUGCUGAAAUUUUUGAAUAACGAUUUCAAAGAAGAGAGGUGGAGGAAGGCUGCCCUAAAAAAUGCAUUCGUUUUGCUGAGCAAACAUCGAUUCUUGGAUGCUGCUUGUUUUUUUUUACUUUCUGACUCGCUUAAGGAUGCUUCUAAUGUUAUAAUGAAGCAGAUGGACGAUAUGGCGCUUGCAGUAGCUGUUUGUCGCGUGUAUGAAGGAGAGCACGGACCUGUGUUAAGCAAGCUGCUAGUAGAUACCGCUCUUCCGCAAGCUAUAAAGAAUAGCGAUAGAUGGAUGACGAGCUACAUUUACAAAACCCUCAAAAAACCUGCACUUGCUUUGAAAGCGCUUGUUAUGGCGCCCAUCGAUCUCGGAGACAACAAGAGUCUUGUUCAUCAGGAGGAUCUGAUUAGCCGGUCAUUUCUGGCCGAAGACCCAGCGUUACUUAUGCUGUUCGCUCAAAUACGAGGAGAGAAUGAUUUUUAUUUGGCGGCAUCUAUGGAGAUCCAAGAUAGCUUAGAGUACGCAACAGUACAAAGGGUUGCUGCAAUCUAUUCACGAAUGGGUUGCGAUUAUUUAGCUUUGUCCUUGCUAUUCAAUUGGCGCUUUCCUCAUCAGCUGAAGAAAGAGCAUAAGAAAAAGAUUCGCAGGGACACCGAAAAUCGAGCGUUCUCGACACUGGGCACACAAAGCCAAAAAAUGAGGAGCAUUUUUGACAAAUUCGACGACUUGUCGCAAGGGAACAAGGAACCAAACACACCAAGCACACUUAACAAUGUACCUUACUCGCAGCCCAAGAACUUGCUUGACUACUUUGGUCCAAGUGAUUAUAAAUCUUCACCAAGCACUUCUCAACAGGCCACAGAUAACAGCGCUGAUUCGAGCGUCAGUUUUUCUGAACCUAUGUGGCCGAGCAAUGAUAUGACGUCUGCGACUUCCAUCAGUAAUGAAAAAAAAGAGGUAAGGAAUUCUGCUGAUAAAACGAGAAGCGCGCAGUCUAGCAAACCACGUAACCUGCUGGACGACUUUUUUUGA